CACCACACCACACCACACCACACCUUGAUCCACCGGAAAAACAGAAGACUGACGCACAUCAGCCGACCGGCAAAAUGAUGGUGGAUUUGAGCUCGUUCUCAGAGGAGAAAUUUGACCCGAAGAAAUGGAUAAACGGGGCGGUCCAGCAGAGGCACCCGCAGGACCCGAUCGAUAAGCACCUCGUGGAUCUCGAGAUGAAGCUGCAGAUGGCGUCGGAGGAGAUUGCAGCCUCACUGGAAGAGCACAGCUCCGCCGCCCUCCUCCGCGUUCCGCGCGCCUCCCGUGACGUCCUCCGCCUCCGCGAUGACGCCCUUUCUCUCCGGUCUUCUGUCGCCAACAUCUUGCUGUUUCUCAAGAAGGCUGAGGGAUCCUCUGCAGAAUCAAUCGCAACUCUAGCUAAAGUUGACACAGUUAAGCGGAGGAUGGAAGCUGCUUAUGAGACGUUACAGGAUGCUGCCGGGCUGACGCAGCUAAGCUCAACAGUUGAGGAUGUAUUUGCCAGUGGUGAUCUCCCACGGGCUGCAGAAACUCUAGCUAACAUGAGACAUUGUCUGACGGCUGUUGGGGAGGUGGCAGAAUUUGCUAAUAUAAGGAAACAGCUUGAAGUUUUAGAAGAUAGACUGGAUUCAAUGGUUCAGCCACGCCUUACGGAUGCGUUAACUAAUAAAAAGGUUAAUGUUGCUCAAGAAAUGCGAGGGAUCCUCAUUCGAAUUGGGAGAUUCAAGUCUUUAGAAAGUUACUACACAAAACUCCACCUCAAACACAUAAGGAAGCUGUGGGAAGAUUUUGACUCUGGGCAGCAACCUAAUAAAAGUUCAAGUGAGAGGAAUGAGGUAGAAAGGGGCUCAAGUACCUUCGAUUCACAGUCAAGUUCCUCGAAUCUGUCAUUCUCGCGCUGGUUGCCAAGUUUUUAUGAUGAGUUGCUGCUUUAUCUGGAACAAGAAUGGAAGUGGUGCAUGGUUGGUUUCCCUGAAGAUUACAGAACUCUUGUCCCGAAAUUGUUGGUUGAGAUGAUGUCAUCCAUUAGUGCAAGUUAUAUAUCUCGUGUUAAUCUUGCUACUGGGGUUGUUGUUCCGGAGACUAAAGCAUUGGGGAAAGCAAGUGCUCAAAGUUAUGCCUCUGUGCUAGAUCGAGAUACAGCUGCCUGCUUCUUGACUUCCACUACGGUAAACGCCUACAAUAUGUCGAUAGCCAUAGGGAUCCUCAACAGGCGUGCGUACCAUCAGUGGAAGCGGGACGAAGCUUUGACGGAUCUGAAAAAGGGAAAAACAGACACCAAAACCUCCCGAAUCUCAAAUCUAAAAAGCCUCGCAGAAAGGGGACAGAAUUCCGAACCAACGGACGCGUGCCGGGAAAAAUUCCGGCGAGCCACGCGCCCUCACGCUCCGGCGCACCGGCGUGUGGGAUGGCCAGCAGAAAACUCUGGCGGUGCGUGUGGCUUACACGCGCAGCUUCCGGCGGCGAAACUUGGCCGGAAAGUCGAUCUCGAGGCGGAUGAUACACUUAAUUAUUGUAUAGGAAGUUGGCUUGUUGAUUUGUCUAUGUUGGCAGAAACUGGAAGAAACCAGGAGUGUAAUUGGGCCAUUGGAAUCUGUAUAUUAGACAUCUUAUCUGGAGAUUUGCCUAAAGGUGUCCAAAUCCAGACUAAACAUCUAGAGGCUCUGAUAGAACUACACAACAUAACGGGAAGUUUUGCCAGGAAUAUUCAGCAUUUGUUUUCCGAUUCAGAUCUUCAUGUAUUAUUAGAUACAUUGAAGACAGUCUACCUGCCAUACGAAACUUUUAAACAAAGAUAUGGGCAAAUGGAGCGUGGUGUGCUCUCUGGUGGUAUUGCUGGCCUUGACCUCAGGGGAGUGAGUACUCGCAUUAUUGGCGUUCAGGGUGUUGAGCUCAGCGAAACAGUUAGAAGAAUGGAAGAGUCCAUCCCACAGGUCAUCUUACUUCUUGAAGCCGCCACAGAGAGAUGCAUUAGCUUCACUGGUGGGUCCGAGGCAGAUGAGCUAAUUCUCGCUCUUGAUGACGUCACCCUACAGUACAUCUCCACUCUUCAGGGGAAUCUAAAAUCACUAAGAACAGUAUGUGGAGUAGAUUUAGAUACCAUUGGAUCAGACAGGAAGGAAGCAGCUUCACCCGCACGAAAGGUGGAUUUUACAUCGAAUGAGGAGGAAUGGUCUUUCGUUCAGGGGGCUUUGCAGAUUCUCACAGUUGCGGAUUGUUUGACGAGCCGGAUUUCUGUUUUCGAGGCUUCCUUAAGGUCUACGCUUGCCCGAUUGAGCACUAAUCUGUCCCUCUCUGUGCACGGCUCGAGUUUUGAUCGAAAUCAAUCUCGUGUAGCUGACGAUGAUGGACAUGGGGAAUUGUCUACUGCAGCUGGAAAGGCUUCCCUGGAUAUGGCAGCCGUUCGGCUUGUUGAUGUGCCUGAAAAGGCCCGUAAACUUAUGAACCUCUUGGAACAGUCAAAAGAUCCCCGAUUCCAUGCCCUCCCAAUGGCCUCUCAAAGAGUUGCGGCUUUUGCAGAGGCAGUGAAUGAGCUAGUUUAUGAUGUGCUCAUAUUGAAAGUCAGGCAACACUUUCGUGAUUUGUCUCGUCUGCCUGUAUGGUCUUCUGUUGAAGAACAGAGUGCUCACCGCAUCCCAAGCUUUAGCGCCUAUCCUCAGCCGUACGUGACUAACGUUGGUGAAUACCUUCUUACUUUACCCCAGCAACUGGAGCCCCUUGCAGAGGGCAUUUCAAGCAGUGAUGCCAAUGCUGAAGAGGCACAGUUCUUUGCAACCGAAUGGAUGUUCAAGGUGGCUGAGGGAGCUACUGCUCUUUAUAUUGAGCAGUUGCGUGGGAUUCAAAAGGUUACGGAUCGUGGAGCCCAACAGCUAUCUGUGGAUAUCGAAUAUUUGAGCAACGUGCUCUCGGCUCUAUCAAUGCCCACCCCACUCGUUCUCUCCACAUUCCAUACGUGUUUUUCGACCCCAACAGAUCAGCUCAAGGAGCUCGUGAAUUCGGAUUCUGGUAAUCAGCUCGAUCUUCCAACAGCCAACCUCAUAUGUAAGAUGCGUGGUUUUUUUUUCACCCCAAUACUUUAUUCUAAUUACGACAGUGUUUCCUCUUCCAUCGGAAAAUCCAAACCCAACUCCAUUUACAUGGUAACUACAAUGGAGCAAGCGACACCACCACCGCCGCCGUCGUCGUCCAAGAGCUGGAGCAUCCACACCCGCCGCGAGAUCACCUCCAAGUACGAGAUCCAAGAGCGCGUGGGCUCCGGCGCGUACGCCGAUGUUUACAAAGCCCGCCGCCUCUGCGACUCGCUCACUGUCGCCCUCAAGGAGGUCCACGACUAUCAGUCCGCCUUCCGGGAGAUCGAGGCCCUCCAGACCCUUCAGAGCUGCCCAAACGUCGCCGUUCUGCACGAGUACUUCUGGCGCGACGACGACGACGACGCCGUUUUGGUGCUCGAGUACUUGCCCGCCGACCUGGUCUCCGUGAUAAAGGCUGCCAAGAAGGAUUGGGGCGGAGGAAUCAGUGUCGGUGAGGUCAAGCGGUGGAUGGUGCAGAUUCUGGCCGGGGUCGACGCCUGCCACCGCAAUUCUAUCGUUCAUAGAGAUUUGAAGCCGUCGAAUUUGCUGAUAUCUGCUGACGGGGUUCUCAAAAUCGCGGAUUUUGGGCAGGCUCGAAUACUUCGUGCUCCAGGAAUUGUUGGCGAUAGUUCAUAUGAUCAAAUUUCCGAGCAGCCUUCUCCAAAUCAACCAACUUUAUUUCAACCACCAGAGGUUUUUCCCACCCAAGAAGAAGAAAGUCGUUCUAAUCAAGAACAUACAAACAAACCAGGCCGUGAAAAAUCCGUUCUUGAGCCAAAUCCCUACUUUGCAAAUGAUUUUGAUGAAGAGAUUAUUAGCCGUGAUGGGGCUGCUUCAAAUCUCGCCACAUGCACAACAAGUGAUGCAGAGGACCUUUUCCUGCAGCAAUCUUAUUCUUAUGAAGGUGAUGAUUUUGUAGCUCGUGAAAAUGUCCCGCUGCUUACUUCAUGUGUCGGCACCCGGUGGUUUAGAGCUCCCGAGCUACUAUAUGGCUCCACAAGCUAUGGGCUCGAGAUUGAUCUUUGGUCACUCGGGUGUAUUUUUGCCGAGCUCUUUAGUCUAGAGCCGAUUUUCCCAGGCAGUUCGGAUAUUGAUCAGCUGGGCAAAAUUAUUAGUGUAUUGGGCAAUUUGACAGAUGAAGUCUGGCCUGGCUGCAGCAUUCAUCUUCCUGAUUACAAUAUAAUUUCUUUUAGUAAAGUGGAAAAUCCUACUGGAUUAGAAGCUUGCCUCAAGAACCGAUCCCCUGAUGAAGUGCUGAUUGUGAGGAGGCUUUUGUGUUUCGACCCGGCAAGUAGAGCUACGGCUAUGGAAUUGCUUAAUGAUAAGUACUUCAGUGAAGAGCCUUUACCGGUUUUUUUAUCUGAGUUGAGGAUUCCUGCUAAAUUUGGGAGUCGUGAUGAUGAAGAUUCAUCUAUUGAUUGGAAUGAUCAUAGGGAUUUUGGGUCGGAUUCAGACUUUGAUGAAUUUGGCUCGUCUCUUGUGACAACCACAGAAAAUGGGUUUUCGAUCCGGUUUUCUUGAUGUUGAUGGCAAGGGUUUUACCUUGAUUGAUUUUGACUUAUCUCGAGCGGACAUUCAUCAUAUUGCUGUUCAUUCAUUAAUCAGUUGGCUUAUGGACUUUUUUGAAAAGGACUGUAUUUAAGACAAUUGACCGAGUUUCUGAAGACUCGUUAGCUGUUUUUGUUCACAAUUGAAACAUUUCACCACAUGAUGUAAUUGCACUCGGGACUUACAUAUUUUUCAUUUGAUAUAAAGUAUAUUCAUUUUAUAUUCUAUUAA